AUGAACAAGAAAAAGAAGAUGUCACUUUUCGGCGACGAUGAUCCGGAAGAGGACCAAAGUAACGGUGGAUUAGGCUUUAAUAAAGGAUACGCCGAAAGAUACGACAACUGGAGACGGUUGGAAGAGAUGCAGAAAAUCAAAGACAAAUAUGGCGACGAUGAUGAUGAUUCUUCAAGUGAAUCUGAAGCCGAAUGGGGAGAAGACGCCGAAGAAGGCUUUCUUCGAACCCUCGGAGCUCUAAAAUCCGGAGAUUUGUCUGGUUUUAAAAAUGGAAAAGGGUUUUUCAAAGAAGUUAGCGAGUCGUCUGAUGGAGAGAAGACAAAGAAGGAAAAGAAAAAGGACAAAAAAAUGACUAUCCGAGAUUAUAAUCGCAAAGUCAUGCUGGAGAAGGGAGGCCACUACACGGAAGAAGACGACGAACGAUACAAGGAUGAGCAACCGCAAGCCUACUGGCAGGAGCAAGAGAAGCUCAAGAAGAAUCUCGCCGACGCCUUUAAUUUCGAAGAAGACAAUGAAGAGGAAAUCUUCACAGAACGACAGAAAACGAAAAAAGAGCUGGACGAUGAGGAUGCGGAUUUCUAUGAAUGGAUGAAGUCGGAAGACGGAAAGGCUGAUAAGAAGAAGGCCAAAGAGCUGAAACAUCUGAAAAAGUUUUGGAAGGAUGAUGAGCAGAAAUUGGAUGAUUCCGAGAAGUUUUUGAGGGAUUACAUUUUGAAUAAGUAUUAUGAGCCAGGAGAGAAGGAGGAAAAUCCCACCUAUGAAGACAUUGUGGCGUUGGAGCAAGAUGAAAAGGACCUUGAUAAGAAUCGACAGUACGAGCACAAGUACAAUUUCAGAUUUGAGGAUCCGGAUCAAGAAUUUAUCAAGCAAUAUCCACGUACAGUAGCCGAAUCGAUGCGUACCGAAGACUCGUCUCGAAAAGACAAACGACACGAGAGAGAAGAGCGAAAAAAGAAGGAGAAAGAGGAAAAGAAGCGAGAAUUGGCGGAAUUGAAGAAAAUGAAACGAUCGGAAAUUGAGCAGAAAUUGGUGAAACUUCAAAAGGCGGCUGGUGUGAAUAUCCCGUUGACACUCGAUGAGUUAAAUGCGGAUUUCGAUCCAAAGGAGUUUGAUAAGAAGAUGAGCUCGAUUUUCAACGAUGAGUACUAUGGGGUAGAGGAGAAUGUGCAAGAGGAUGAUGAUGAGAAGCCGGUUUUUAGUGAUAUGGACGACAGUGACUACGAGGACUAUGAUAAUUUGGAUGUGGAGCAGUUGAAGAAGGAAGGUGUAGAAGAGGAAGAUGAAGAAGAAGAAUCAGAUGAGGAGGAAGAGGAACAACAAGAGAAGGCUCAGACAUCCAGCUCUUCGAUGAAAAACGGAAAGUUCGAUAUGGCGGCGGCGGCGAUGAAGGCGAUGAGCAAGGAUAAGAAUGAAUCCCGCCGAAAAGGAAAACGAAACGCUCUGAAAGAGGCGCUCGCCAAGAAGAAGCCUCUCUUCAACCCGAAAGAGAAAACGUUCGAAGAAUAUUUCAACGAAUAUUACGCACUAGACUAUGAGGAUAUCAUUGGAGACACUCCGACGCGUUUCAAGUAUCGUCAAGUCGCUCCGAAUAGUUUUGGUUUGAGCACUGAGGAGAUUCUGGAGGCCGACGAACGUCAGUUGAAUGCGUGGGCUUCGCUUCAGAAGGUUGUUGGAUAUCGAACGUCACAAGAGGAGUUCUUCGAUCAGAAAGCGUAUAGGAGAAAGGCGGAAGACGUGGAGAAGAAGAAUCGGAUUCUGAAUACCGAUUUUGGUGGAAAGAAGUCGUUGAAAAGAAAGGCGGAGGAUGAGGCGAUGGCGAAGGCGUUGUUGGAGGAAGAAGCAGAAGACGUUGAAGCUGAAGGGGAGAAGAAGAAAAAGAAGAAGAAGAGAGCGAAGAAGAACACGGCAGAUAAGAAGGCGAAGUUAGCGGAGAAGGAGAAGCAAUCGGAGGUAGUAGAAGACGUGGAAGAAGAGGCGGAAGCUCCAGAGGCUCCAGAAGAAUCUGAGAUUCGAGAGGAGGAACCAGAAGACGUCGUUCAGGAGAAGAACGGAGAUUCUUCUGCUCCACCACCAAAAAAAAAGGCACGGAAGAGAUCUAAGAACAAAAACACUGCGAUCGCUGAGAAGUUUGGCGAAGGCAUGACCGACUCUCGUGUUAAGGCCUACGGACUCAAUCCGAGCCGUCUCAAAAAAGGACUCUUCUAUGGAAAAUAA